AUGGAGCUGUCUCUCGAUGACCUGCUGAGUGGGCUGCAGGAGGCGCAGCAGAAGAAGAGCAAGGCGCGCCUGUCUGAGCGCAAUGUGGUGGAGCUGGUGAACAAGCUGAAGCAGCUGGGCCUGCUGGGAGACGACCUGCUGUACACCAGCAACGGCAAGGAGUAUGUGACGCGGGAGCGGGUGGCGGCCGAAGUGCGCGCCGCCGUGCGGGCCGCCGGCGGACGCAUCCCACUGGUGCGGCGCAGCCUGGAGGCGCAGCAGGCUGGGGAGCGCGCCUGCUUGCCUCGGGAGGCCUGCGUGGACCUGCCCAGCCAGCUGGGGCUGGACCUGGUGCACUGCGAGCGCGCGGCAGACGCGGUGGUGGCGGCCUCCAGCGGCGGCAUCCAGCUGGCCCAGGGCGAGCUCUUCUCCUCCGCCUACUUUGAUGGCCUGGCGGCGGAGGUGGACGAAGGGCUGCAGGAGGCGGGGGUGGUGUCGGUCGGCGACCUGGCGCGGCGGUUUGGGCUGGGCGCGGAGAUGAUUGGCGGCGUGCUGGGCGAGCGCGUGGGCACCCGCAUCCACGGCCGCAUGGAUGCGGGGGUCAUCUACACCCAGGCAUACCUCACUCGCAUCAAGGCGCAGCUCAGGGGCGCGCUGCGGGGCGCCGUCUCUCCCGUGUCCAUUCCCGCGCUGGUGCGGGAGCUGGGCAUUGAGGGGCUGGCCUCGCUCAAGGCGCUGGUGCCCAGCCUGGUGGAUGAGCUGGCGGCGGAAGGCAGCGUGGCGGGCAAGCUGGCGCCCGGCGCCUCCAGCUGGGUGCCAGCCACCUACGUGCAGUCGCAGCAGGACGCCGUCACGCGCUUCUUCCAGCAGAACGGGCACAUCGCAUACGACACGGUCAGGCAGUACGGCAUCCCCGCACCCCGCCCCUUUUUGGCCCACCACUUUCCCGACGGCCUCGCCCUCGACUCCGCCUACCUGUCGCCCGCGGUGGUGGAGGCGGCGGCAGAGGAGGCGCUGGCGGCUGGCGGAUGGUGCGACGUGGCUCCCCACCUCCCCUCCAUCCUGUCCCCGGGGGACACCGCGGCGCUGCUGGCGCAGUGCCGCGCGGUGGCGGGGGCGGCGGCGGCCACGGGCGGGCGCGCGCACGUCAUGGCCGGAUCGUGCGUGGUGGCGGCUGCCCUGCUGGAAAGCAUCCGCGCACAGCUGCUGGAGGCGGCGCGGCAGGCGGCAGACGACGCGCACCGGCGGCAGAAGAAGGGAGGGGAGGAGGGCGGCGGCGGCGGGGGGGCAGCAGGGCGCGGCAAGGUGACCGUGACGGUGCUGCCAGAGGGCGGCGGCAAGAAGGCGGCGGCGGCGGCGGCGGCGGCGGAUUCUGGGUCGGACAACGGCUGGGAUGUGGGUGGAAAGAAGGGGAAGAAGGGCGGGCGCGGGAAGAAGGGCAAGGCCGCCGCGGGCGGCAGCGGCGGCGGCAAGCCGGCCAGGAGCGGCGGCGGCGGCGGCGGCAAGGCGGCCGCUGGCCAGGGCGCGAGCGCAGGCGGCGGCGGCGGCGGCGGCGGCGGCGGCCCCUCCAGCGGCGCUCUCAGCCUGGACAGCCUGGCCAGGCGUGUGGCGCAGAUGCACCCCGACACCGAGGGCGCCGGCGCCGACGGCGACCUGCCUCGGGCCAUCGCCGCAGGCAAGCCCCCCCCCUUGGGCGCACCGCUUUGGCUGCGCCCCGCUAUUGUGGCAGAGUACGAGCGAGCCCUGCACGCCAUCUUCACCGCGGGAGCGGAGAGGCGGCGGCGCUUGCGCGACGCGGCGGUGGCGGCCCUGGAUGCAGCGCACGAGCGCCUGCUGCUGUACGCCCAUGGCGCCGAGCUGUUUGCCGAUGACGAGGCGGCGGUGCCGCGCGCCGCCAUCAUCAAGCGCCUGCAGCCGGACGUCAAGCCCGCGGUCAGCGCCGCCGUGGACAAGCUCACCGGCAGCAGCCUGGAGCAGUUCCAGUCUGAGCUGGAUGCUGCGGCCGAGGCGGCGGGCCUGCGCCUGCGCCGCCUGGACAAGCGUACCGAGCGCACGCUGGUGUUUGCCCAGCGCAAGCUGUGGGAGUCGCAGGCGGCCGCCGCGCCCGACGCCUCCACCCUGCUCAUGCUGGUGGUGCCGCUGCUGCUGGCGCGGCAGCACGGGCGGGCGGUGAGUCUGCCGGGGCGUGCCGUGUCGGCGGCGCUCGACCUGCUGCAAGGCGGGCAGCUGCCGCAGGACAGCCUGCAGCUUCUGGCCGACUUCCACGCUGCCGUGGUGGACCAGCUCAAGCUGCAGUCGGGCGGCAGGGAUGAGGAGGCGCGGGACGAGGCGACCCAAAAGCUGGAGCGACUGAUGCCGCACGUGUGGGAGCUGGCGGCGGCCGGCGGCGGCGGCGCGGGCGGCGAGGCAGGCGGGGAGGCCUGA